GCUCACAUGAAAGCUCAAAAAGCAAGUAAAGAACAGCAAUUUGAUAUAAUGAACAAACAUUACAAACAGCUUGAGAGUCGCCUGGAUGAGAUGCUCUCUAGGAUUGCUAAGGAAACUGAGGAAAUCAAGGACUUGGAGCAACAGCUCACUGAUAGUCAAAUAGCAACAAACGAAGCACUGAAAAGGGAUUUAGAAAGUAUUAUCAUUGGAUUACAGGAAUACCUGGAAAGUGUUAAGUGUCAGGCAAAACAAGCCAAUGAUGAAUGUAAGGAGUUGCAGAAGGAUAAAGAAUCUUUGCUACAAAGAUUGGCAGAUCUAGAGGAGGAAAGAAACAACCUGGAAAUAGUUGCCAUGGAUGCUGAAAAGAUGAGAAAAGAAAUUACAAUGCUCAAAGGUGCACUCCAAGAGCAGCGAGAAAUAAACGAAUCGCUUAAAGAUGCACAAGGGGACAUCAGCGCUUAUGAGGCUGAACUGGAAGCCCAGCUAAGAGACAGAGAUGCUGAAGCCAAUCAGCAAAAAGAAGAGUUUGAAAGACUGAAACAACUUAGCCAGAUGGAACUGUCAGCCCUGCAAGCUGAACUUGAAAAAGAAAGGCAAGCAUUAGAGAAUGCUGUGACCAAAGCACAACUAGCAGAAGAGAAGGAACAACAAAAUUAUAAGCUCCUUUCUCAGUUCAAACAAUUGCAGGGAGACAACAAUCUCCUGAAACAGCAGCUUAAAGAUCUUCAGAAUCAGCUAAACCAUGCAGUUGGUAACUUAAUUCAUCCUGAGGAGGUCUUAGCUCGUAUAAAUGAACUCAAGCAAAAGCUUCAGACAGGAGUUGGAGAGAUUAAAUGUCAGAACUCAGCUGAUGUCUUAGGGAAAAGCCUUGCAAAUCUGCAAAAAGAAUUUAAUGACAUCCUUGCUGAUGCUCAGAGAGAAAAAGAGAAAGCAUGGACUAGACAGAGACAAUUGCAGGAAGAAAUGGUAUCCCAGCAGGAAAAACUGGAAGAAGUACAGGAGAAAUAUAGACAGGUUAAAGCUGAAAACAGGCAGAAUAAGAACAAAGUCCAUCAGUUAGAGAAUGAAAUUCAACAUUUACAUGAAAAAAUAAAGAGCAUGGAAGAAAUUCAGGGCCUUGCUGAUCAACAGCUCCAAGAGGCAGAUGAAGAGAAAGAGACUAUUCUUGCUCAGCUGGAAGAUUUAGAGAAAAGGAAAAAAAUAGAAGAUGCCAGGGCACAAAUGCAAUUUGUUAAUCUAGAUAAAGAACUGAAGGAAUUAAAGAGGGCAAUCAUCACUUCAGAUAAACUGGCAGCUACAGAACUCUCCAUUGCUAAAAAUCAGCUAAAGGCUCUUCAUGGGACUGUUCUCAGAAUUAAUCAGGAGCGAGCUGAGGAGAUUGAGGAAGCCGAAGAGUUCUGUGCUGAGGCAGCUCGUGCAGCUCGGGAUCUUGCCAGAGCAGAAGCAGAAAUAGAAUUGUUACAACAACUCCUCAAAGAGAAGGAAGAACAAUUUCAGCAUGAAAUGGAGAAAGCUGGCGAGAAGACUGUUGCAUCAAACUCCCAGAAGUUUGAAAUUGAUAAACUAAAGGAAGCUAUGGAGCAACAAAAAACAGAAAUUGACCGUUUAAGAUGGUUGUUGGAUAACAUUGGUACAGGUAAUAAAGAUGAAAUUGACAACUUACAAGAUGAAAUUGCAGCACUCAGAAAUGUGCUUUCAUCCCAGAAUGAUUACAUCACCAGUAUAGCGGAUCCAUUGAGAAGGAGGGGAUACUGGUAUUACAUGCCAUCAUCGCAGGCUUCAACUCCCAGUUCCCGUAGCACAAAAGAUUCUGGAGUUUGUUUACUCUGUUCUGGCUCAUCCCCACCCAGACGAGGGUGCGGUGACAACAGGCAGUGUGGGAAGGAAGGCUUGCCCAGUCAUGGAGGAUGUUGGGUUUAUUCACCUGUCAGAAAUAGGUUGUACAAAUCAAAUUCUGGUAAAGAUAGAAGAGUGAAAGGAAACAGUGAAGGAAAUGACGAAACUUGUGUUCCCAAAGACCCUCCCUUUGUACCACCACCUGGUACAGUUAUUUACACGGUCCUUCCAGAUGGUGCCCCCGUACCUCAGGGAACUGUGGUUUAUGGCCCUCCUCCUGCAGCAGCAAAUGGAGGUUCAGUUGCUCCUGGAUCUGUCAUCUAUGGCCCACCUCCUGUGGGAGCCCAGGUUGUUUACGGCCCUCUUCCUCCAACCUUCACUGUCCCGCUCAUUCCUGUUGGAGUGCUUCACUGCAAUGUGCCUGAACAUCAUGAUUUGGAGAGCGAAGUCUCAAGGCUGGAAGACACUGUGUAUUAUUUAAAGUCUCGGAAAUACAAAGAUAAAUGGUCAGAGGCAGCUGAGCAUAAAUACAAAAAAGAGGUGGAAGAAUUGCAUCAAAACAUCGAAGAACUUCUGCAUGAAAGAGAAGAGUUGGAACAUGAAGUAGCAGAGCUACGAAGAGCAACUCAAAAACAUAACAAACGCAUGGACUUUAUUGAAGGGUAUACAAACGACGUUAUUGCAGAAUUGCAGUUAGAAAAGUCUCUUAAACACCAUGAAGAUAUUGCAGAUGAAAUUGAAUGUAUAGAAAAGACUCUUCUGAAACGACGAGCAGAGCUUAGAGAGGCAGAUAGGCUACUUGCAGAAGCUGAAGUGGAACUUGAGAGCACACGGGGGAAGACUAAAGACACUAUUCAAAAGCACAAUCAUGCCAAACAGUAUUUGUCCCGCACUGAAACUGAGGCAAAGGAGCUGGAGCGAAGGGCUCAGGACAUGGCCGUUAAACUUGUGAAAGCAGAUCAACAAUUAAGGUUAUUACAGGCAGAUACAAGGGAUUUAGAACAGCGUAAGAGGGAACAAGAAGGUAUUUUGAAGGAAAUCAACAAAAUGGUGGCUGCAAGAGACUCUGAGUUCCAGUCAUUAAACCAGAAGAUAGAAAUGCUAACUGAAAGUCUUCAGAAGCUUCAAGGAGAUAUUCAAGUUGCAGAAGGUAAUGAAGAACAUCACCUCCAAAUCCUUAGAGAAGCAGAAAACCUUCUUCAAGGCAAGAAAACAGAAUUGGAAAGAUUGAAAGAUCAGAUUACUGCUCAGCAACAAGAGCUCUUGUUUCUGGAGCAACAGUUAAACCUAAGAAAAGAAGAGCUCCAUGUCCUUCAAGACUGUAUUUCCCAAAAGAAAGGUGACCUCAAAGAAGCUCUUCGAGAUGGAGAAACUGAAGCAAAUGAAAAGCUACGCCAAAUAAGAGAAAUAAAACUACUUCUGGAAGAGCUUAACGUUGAGAGGAAAGAACUGGAUGUCCAGAUUAAUGAGAAAAGAGCACAGCUUUCCUUCAUAAAGAAGGAUAUUGGAAAAGAGGAAGAAAAUCUUCAAGGAAUACUUGGGCAAAUUACCAGGCAUAAGAUAGAACUGAAACAUGUUCUGGAGAUGCUGGAGCUUGAAAAUAAUGAACUUCAGGGUUUGAAACUACAACAUGACCAAAAGGUCAAUGAGCUAGAAAAGACUCAGGCUGCAAUUCUAGAAGAGAAGUUAAAACUGGAGAAGAUUCAGAGAUUAUUCCAGUGUCAGCAAGGGGAAGUAGACUGGCAGGAACAACUACUUGAGAAAGACCGUCAGGAAAAUGAACAUCUGGUUUCUCAAAUGCGCACUCUGCAAAAUAAUAUUGAGUCUUUGAAUAAAGAAAAAGAAAAGCUUGAAGAGGACUGUCAGAGUUUGGAAAAGAAGUUGUCACAAACCAGAAGAGACUUAACUGCUACUGAAGAUAGCAGCAGAACUGCAUUGGCCAAUGUAGAAAAAAUGGAACUGGAUGUUAAAAACCUGCAGCAGGAGGUAGAUCUACUGAACAAACAAAAAAAAUCACUGAAUGGAGACAUUAUUGUUGUACAGAGAGAUCUUCAAGAAAAAAAGGAAGAACUAGAAACACUGAAAGGAGAAUUAAAUGACUCCAGGCAACAGCUUCAACUGGUAGAGCAGGAUUUGAAAAAUAAUACAAAGCAUCAGGAUGAGCUGCUUAGAGAGCAGGCAACCCUGAAAGAAGAUAUCCUAGAAUAUUUAAGGAAACAUAAGGAUUGCCAAGAGAGACAGAAAAAGAAGGAGAACCAAUUGCAGCAGCUCCAGAAAGAGAUUGAAGAGAAGGAAACAGAACUUGCCAAACAAGAAGCGAUUCUUCACCGCCUCAAGCAAAAUUCAGAGCGUGAAGGGAAAAAAAUGGAUGAACAUAUUGCUAAAGCGAAAGAUCAGAAAACGCUAUUGGAAAAGGAACUAACAGAUCAACAAAAGAAACUGGAGCAGGCAGUAACGAAAGUAAGGCUGGCAGAAGAAAACAUCAGGAAGCUGGAAAAGGAGGAGUCUCGAUAUGCAGCACUUGAAGAAACUGUCAGAAAAAGCAAACAUCAGCUCUCAGAAAAAGAAUUACAAUUACAACAAAAAAACAGAGACAUACAGUCUCUUCAAAAAGAACUGGAAGUCUCCAAGUCUGAGCUAAACCAUCUCCAAGAUCGGAUAGCAUCAGAGAGGAAAAAAGCAGAAAAACAAAUCUUGAGUCUGAAAGAAGCAAUGAAAGUGCAAAGGAUGCAGCUUGAAAGAAAACUGCACGAACAAAAGCAUGAAAAUACCUGUUUGCAGGGUGAUGCAGCAACUGCUGAACAAGUAGCACACAGUAACCAGGAGCCAGCCAGACGCCUUGUUGAGGACCUUGGGCAGAUCCAGCAGGACUACGUGGAUCUCCACACCCAGGUUAAAACUCAAGAAGACCUGGAAAAGAGACAAAGGGAAAUAAAGGAUGCAGCAACGUUGCUUAAACUGGAGGUUGAAGAUGAAAUUAGGAUGGGGUUUAAAUCUUUGAGUCCAUCUUCUCUGGAACCAGUGGAAGAUUUGGAUGCAUCGUCUGAAAAACAGGGAAGUCUGCAGUGUGAAUCUGAUAGCUUGGAGGAGACUGGUCCCUUUGCUGCUGUUGACAAACGACUCCUCUCACUGGAAGAAAAGUUGAAUCUUUCUAAAGUCUUCCUAAUGGACGAACACUGGCGUGGAGAGGCUCUCCGAGAGAAACUGCAGCAUCAUGAGGAUCGGCUGAAGGCCCAGCUCCGGCAGUGCAUGUCCAAGCAAGUGGAAGUAUUAAUCAGAGGAAAACAGCAAACGGAAGGCACCCUGCACAGCUUGGAGCGACAGGUGGAUGCGCUGGAUGACCUGGUCAGCAGCACUGCUUCAGACCCGCUGUUUCUAGCCCAAAGCUCAAGCCUGGUAGCUCUUCACAAUGCUCUGAGUUUAACAAAGACAGAGGCUACUCUGAAACGACUCGCACGCUUCCCCAGCAGGCCAACGGGUGUUUCAGUGGGGUCUAGGACGCUGCGCUCCAGCCUGCGAGGAAUUUCUCAGUGA